GCCCCGGGUUCCAGACCGCCGCCUCUCCUAACGCCUGGACCUGCCCUUCUCGGCGCCCCUGUUCUCCAGGGAGAUGCGAUGAGCCGGCGCCCCCGCGUCCUCAUCGCCUUCCCGGGCACGGUGCCCGUCCGUUGCCCGUGGUGGGGAGGGAGCCCCCUGCGACCCCUCCGCGACGCCCCUCCCUUGGGCCCCCGCCCAGCUGGAGGCCUUGGGCCAUGUCCCAGGGGACCCAUCUGGGAGGUGGGCUCUAGAGCGAAGAGGGUGGAGAGGAGAGAGGACGGGGCCUUGGGCGCCUCUGAGAUGCUCCCAAGCGCCGGUGGAGGCCGAGCGAGCCGCAGGCAACCGCGCGGCAGUCAUGAUGCCCUCGCCCAGUGACUCCAGCCGCUCGCUGACCAGUCGACCUAGCACCCGGGGCCUUACCCACCUCCGCCUUCACCGACCGUGGCUGCAGGCCCUGCUCUCGCUGGGGCUGGCCCAGGUGCUCCUGGGCGUCCUGGUGGUCACCUUCAGCAUGGUGGCCUCCUCCGUCACCACCACCGAGAGCAUCAAGAGGUCCUGCCCGUCUUGGGCUGGAUUCUCGCUGGCGUUCUCCGGGGUAGUUGGCGUUGUGUCUUGGAAACGGCCAUUCACUCUAGUGAUCUCCUUCUUCUCCUUGCUUUCGGUGCUCUGUGUCAUGCUCAGCAUGGCCGGCUCUGUUCUCUCCUGUAAGAACGCUCAGCUGGCCCGAGACUUCCAAGACUGCUCCAUGGAAGGGAAGGUCUGUGUGUGCUGCCCCUCCGUUCCCCUUCUUCGGCCCUGUCCAGAGUCGGGACAGGAACUGAAAGUUGCCCCCAACUCCACCUGUGAGGAAGCCCGAGGGGCCCUCAAGAACUUGCUCUUCAGUGUCUGCGGGCUCACUGUCUGUGCUGCCGUCAUCUGCACCCUCUCAGCCAUUGUCUGCUGCAUCCAAAUCUUCUCCCUGGACCUUGUGCACACGCAGCUGGCCCCGGAGCGCUCAGUCUCAGGCCCCUUGGGGUCUCUGGGCUGUACCUCCCCGCCGCCAGCCCCUCUGCCGCACACCAUGCUGGACUUAGAGGAGUUUGUCCCGCCGGUGCCCCCACCCCCCUACUAUCCCCCGGAGUACACCUGCAGCUCCGAAACGGACGCUCAGAGCAUCACCUACAACGGCUCCAUGGACAGCCCGGUCCCCUUGUACCCUACCGAUUGUCCCCCUUCUUAUGAGGCCGUCAUGGGGCUGCGGGGAGACAGCCAGGCCACUCUGUUUGACCCUCAGCUUCACGACGGCUCCUGCAUCUGCGAGCGAGUGGCCUCCAUCGUAGACGUGUCCAUGGACAGCGGGUCUCUGGCGCUGUCCGCCAUCGGUGACCUCCCCGGGGGCUCAAGCCCGUCGGAGGACUCGUGCCUGCUGGAGCUGCAGGGCUCCGUGCGCUCCGUCGACUACGUGCUCUUCCGCUCCAUUCAGCGCAGCCGUGCCGGCUACUGCCUCAGUCUGGACUGCGGCCUGCGAGGUCCCUUCGAGGACAGCCCCCUGCCCCGGAGGCCCCCCAGGGCGGCCCGCUCCUACUCCUGCUCCGCCCCUGAGGGCCCGCCCCCCCUGGGGGCCCCCACGGCCGCCCGCAGCUGCCACCGGCUGGAAGGCUGGCCGCCCUGGGUGGGACCCUGCUUCCCCGAGCUGAGGCGGAGGGUCCCCCGGGGCAGCGGCCGGCCGGGGACUGCCGCUGCUGCUGCUCCUGCCUGCGCCCCCGCCCGCCGCUUCAGCGACAGCUCAGGUUCUCUCACCCCCCCGGGGCACCGGCCUCCCAAUCCGGCUCCCCUGCCACCACCGCUGCUGCUGCCACGGUCCCACAGUGACCCGGGCAUCACCACUUCCAGCAACACCGCUGACUUCAGGGGCCUUUAUACCAAAGUGCUCGAGGAAGAAGCAGCUUCCGUUUCCUCUGCAGAUACAGGGCUCUGCUCAGAAGCCUGCCUCUUCCGUCUAGCCCGCUGCCCUUCUCCAAAGUUGCUCCGUGCCCGCUCGGCUGAGAAACGGCGCCCCGUGCCCACCUUUCGAAAGGUCCCCCUGCCCGCGGGCCCUGCGCCUGCCCCGUCCCUGGGAGACCUGAAGAGCAGCUGGCCGGGCCGGGGCUUGGUCACUCGUUUCUUCCAGAUGUCCAAGAAGGCCUCAGACCCCGGUGGCAAUGGGGCCCAUGGGCUUAAGCAGGUGCCCCGCAGCCCAUGGGGCCGGCCAGGCCGAGAGAGCCUCCACCUUCGCAGCUGCGGUGACCUGAGCUCCGGCUCCUCCCUUCGGCGCCUCCUGUCUGCCCGACGCCUGGAGCGCGGCACCCGCCCCCACAGCCUCAGCCUCAGCGGGGGCAGCCGGGAGACAGGGCUCUGACCGGGGCACUGAGCAGAUUCAGGUGAACGCCGGGGCCACGCACUGGCUGAUGCGGAAAAAGCCCGCUGAGCACUCCCAGAAGUGUCCCUGUACCUCCUGCCGCCAGGGGCUCCCGCUGCUUGCCUCUGCCCCCCCGGCCCGGGGGGCUGCUGUCCCCUGCUGCAUGGGCAUUCAGGCUGUGGGGGGAGAGGCCCCGGCUUACAGCCCCGGAAGAGGAAGAUAGAGUCUCAUCCCCCAGCAUGAAAGAGCGCUCCUGGUUCGACAGGGGCCCCAGGGCCAGGGGGAGGCACGUCCCAGUGCUGACGCACAGGGGCUGGGCGCCCGUGUCGUGGGCGUGUGAGGCACGAAGACGGAAAAAUCUGGGUGACUCUCAGCUCUGCCGCCUCUAGCUGCAUGACCUCGGGCAAGUUAUUUAACCUCAAUUGCCUGACCCGUAAAACAUGGUGAAGAUGAAUGUUUGUAAAGCUCUUAAUACACUAAGCCUUCAAUAAAUUUCAACUUUCCCCUUC